AUGCCCUUAUUUGGCAAGUCUCAAAAAUCUCCGCAAGACCUUGCUAAGUCGUUGAACGAUAACCUCCACAUCUUGAGUGAGGGUGAGAAAAAAGCUAAGGUGUCCGAGGAAGUGUCAAAAACAUUGGUUGCCAUGAAAAUAAUGUUAUAUGGGACUGACCAGCAGGAACCACAGACAGAACUUGUAGCCCAGUUGGCUGAGGAGUUUUAUAGUGGGAACCUCUUCCUACUCAUUGUACAGAAUCUACAAAAAAUUGACUUUGAGGGUAAGAAAGACGCUGCCCAGAUAUUCAACAAUCUUCUACGUCGUCAGAUAGGGGCGCGUGCACCGACAGUAGACUUCAUUUGUGCAAAGUAUGAAAUUCUACAAACACUAAUGAAGGGAUAUGAAACACAAGAAAUUGCUCUAAACUGCGGACAGAUGUUUCGAGAUUGUUGUCGAUACGAGCCUUUAGCUAAGUUCAUGCUCAAUUCAGAUGAAUUCUACAAUUUGUUCGAAUAUGUCAAAGUCUCUACAUUUGAUGUUGCAUCAGAUGCAUUUACCACAUUAAAGGAUUUGCUGACGAGACAUAAAACAGGUAGUGCUGAGUUCCUGGAGAAAAAUUAUGAGAAGAUCUUCACUGCUUAUAGGGCACUUCUCGAUUCAGAGAACUAUGUCAUCCGAAGACAGGCGCUCAUGCUGUUGAGUGAACUCCUAUUAGACCGUCACAAUUUCACAACUAUGACACGCUAUAUCAGUAACCCAGAAAACCUGAAGCUUAUGAUGAACAUGCUACUUGAUAAAAGCAGGAAUAGCCAAUUUGAGGCAUUCCAUGUCUUUAAGGUAUUUGUCGCCAACCCAAACAAACCACAGCCGAUCUUAGAUAUUUUGUUGAAAGAAAGAACCGAAUUGGUAACAUUUUUGCAAAAGUUUCACACGGAUCGUCCCGAAGAUGAACAAUUUAAUGACGAAAAAGCAUACCUCAUUAAACAGAUUAAUGAGCUCAAGGAGGGAUAACAACAAGAUUUGUUCUAGAAGAUUCUAUAAAGCCUGUACCUAUAUAUCAAGGGGGUCAUUGUUUGAAAUAUGAAAUAAAGACAGUAUACAUGUCAUGUAUUCUAACGAAUUUAUUAACAGAUUUCGAUGAAAUUUGGAUCAAAAUGCCACAAAAUUAGUCAUUUAGUCUUGUUUAUGAGAAUGAAAUUGCAAUGACCUCCUUGAUGUUUAGGGACUGUCACUAGGAAGGGAUUAUUGUACAAAUAGUGACUGCC